UGUUGUGGUUUCUCUCUUGUUUUCCAGAGACAUCCGGCUGUGGGGAGAAAUGACAGAGGUGACCAGAGAGGUGUUUGGACACUUGCCCCAGAAGGGAGGAGGAGGGGCCGUUGAAAAGUUCCUGCUGAAAUCAGACAGUGUUAAAGUGGAGAUUAUCUCCUUAGGCUGUAUAAUCACUGCAUUGGAAACCAAAGGCAGGGAUGGGAACCUCUCUGACAUUGUCCUGGGCUUUGAUCGCUUGGAAGGUUAUGUCAACAAACACCCCUACUUUGGAGCCACAAUUGGGCGAGUUGCUAACAGAAUUGCUAAUGGGAAAUUCACGGUGGAAGGAAAAGAGUAUCAGUUGGCCCUCAACAACCCACCCAACAGCCUGCAUGGAGGGAACAAAGGGUUUGACAAGGUUCUCUGGACCCCGGAGGUGCUGCUAAAUGGCAUACGCUUCUCCAGAACGAGUCCAGAUGGUGAGGAAGGGUAUCCUGGGGAACUAAAAGUCUGGGUGACCUACACGCUCGAUGGUGGGGAACUAGCAAUAAACUACCGAGCUCAAAGCAGCAGCACUACUCCUAUUAGCCUGACAAACCAUGCCUACUUCAAUCUAGCAGGCCAGGGAUCACAUGAUAUCUACAACCAUAUGGUCUCCAUAGAAGCAGACUCUUACUUGCCUGUGGAUGACACCCUGAUCCCUACUGGAGAGGUGGCUGCGGUGCAGGACACAGCUUUUGAUCUGAGGAAGCCGGUAGAGCUUGGAAGACACAUGCAGAAGUUUCAGCUCCCUGGCUUUGACCAUAACUUCUGCUUGGAACAGUCGGCGGCUCGACGCUACUGUGCAAGAGCACAUCAUCCCCCUAGUGGCAGGACGAUGGAAGUUUACACCACUCAGCCUGGGAUCCAGUUCUACACUGGAAAUUUCCUGGACGGCUCGCUGGAGGGCAAAGGGGGCUCUGUGUAUCCCAAGCAUUCAGCCUUCUGCCUUGAAACACAGAACUGGCCGGAUGCAGUUAAUAAGCCCCAUUUCCCCAGUGCACUGCUGCGGCCAGGAGAGGAGUACAACCACACAACUUGGCUCAAGUUUACUGCAGCUUGAGGAGUCACCUCUGCAGCCACAAGGAGAAAUUCAUCACAAAGUGCUCUGGUAGUGGGAGGGGAGCAGGGGAAAUCACUUAAGCAGGAGCUUCCAAACUUCUCCAGCACAGGCAGAGGUGACAGGUGCCAGGACAUCUCCUAAGGAUGGCGUUUGUAAAAGCUCUCGACACUGGCUUGACGGCUCCCAUUGGAAUCACUGGUAAAGCUCCCCUUGAUGUCAACAGAGGGAGAGUUAGGCCAGCGCUGAGGCCCUGAUCCCCAAAGGGACUUAUGCACCUAACCUCCGUUGAUUUCAAUAGGAAUUAGGCGCCUAAAUACCUUUAAAACCUGGCCCUUAGUGGCUACAAAACUUGUCUUCCUCAUCCAUCAAUUGGACCAUGUCAAGGCCUCUUUUAAACUCCUCUCCCCUUUCUCCUUCCCCAUGGAAUCCCUGUCUUCCUUCAGGGCCAUGCAAUCUCCACUCGGGAUGAGCUUGUCUUUGAGUCAUUCCCACUUGCCCUGUCAUGUUUGUCUCUUCCCACUCCCCCACCAGUGCUUUUUUCUGCACCAAACCUUCUGCCAUUCAAGUGCUAACUAAAACCUCACUUCUGUGACCCCAGAAGUGAACCAAAAAUAAAUCUACCCACUAUUCCUUCCUCUGGGCUGCCCCAUGCAGCCCAGCUUCUCUGUAUCUCUAGUAUAGACCAGGCCUAAAAGACAAAGUGUUACCUGUGUCUCGGUUAGGGGGUGUGAUGUUUUACCAGUACAGUUAUACCAGGAAAGGCACUAGUGUGGAUGCAGGUAAACCGAAUAACACAGAUAUACUUAUUGCCCUCUCAUCUAGGUAUAAAACAGUCCAACUUACUAGUGUAGAGAAGCCCCCAGAGAAAGAAACACCUUUGUACGGGUAGCUCAUACUCAUACAAGUAGGGACUAAAGCCAGGGGGUCUGUGGCCUCCAUCCUCAAAGGCAUUCAGCUACCUCACUCCCAUGGGAAGUUACCUUUGAGGAUCUGGGCCUAUGUGCAGCACUAAGGCCAGGUCUCCACAACAAGCAUUAGCCAGUGUAGCUAGGUUGGAUGGGGUGUGAUGUGAUUGACUCAGCUGUGUUGGCAGAACCCCCCCUCUAGUUAUACGAGCUGAGCUGCGCUUUGGCUGGUAUAGCUCAUUUUGCAAGAGGGGGAUGGAGUAAGUUAUACCAGCAACAGUGCAGUAUUGCCAGCAUAAGCUGCACGCCCCCCACUAGGCAUGUAAAGUACACUGGCUAAGUGUUCCUUGUGGAAAUACGGCCUAAGGACCAUUCACAGGACUAAGGAUCUGCAGGAGCAGUGAUUUGCAAGAUCAGCUUGACCUUGUGUUGCUUAAAUAAUAAAAAUGGACGUCAUCUCAACCCAAGUCCUGGGCUCCGCUGGUAGAAAAUUUCUCUGAGAAGAUUUAAAUCUGCUCAACUUCAUCAUUUGAAUAGUUAAUCUUCCAUCUGGCGCUAGUAGCUGAUGCAGGACUUAUGCCUACCUAACUGUAGAAAGAUCUUGCUUAUUACUCACUUUCACUGUAUUGCUUUUACUUCCUCAAUAAAAAUGAAUUUUCAAGA